UUUUGCGCUGACAAGUGUUUAUUCGGCUGCUGUGUUGGGGAUAAUCACCACACACAGGCAGCUUUUCCUUUCCAGCCCAAUGACAGCAUUACCUCUGCGUUGAGUGUUAAGCAGUCCCUCGAUCCCCCCUCAUCUUUGUAUGUCUCCGUCUCCCCCUCCCGCACUCUCCAUUCCUGUGCUAUAUGUGGCUUUUCAGUUUGACAGUCAGCGCCAAAUGUUUUCCAUAUUUGUUCAGCCCCCGUGAUGCCAAAUACCAGCACCGCCUCGGUUAGCACAGAGAAGCCUUUGGGGGGAAAGGCAAAAGAGCUCCAGGACAUUUUAUCAAAUGGUGCCCGAGCAAAGCAACCAAAACAACGCUGCACUCAAGCCAAACCAAGGGGCGAAGCCCACCGAGGGAGUGAUCGAAAUGAACCCCGGGCAAGAGAAGGGAGCGCCAGAACAGAAGAAGGGUGACCCAGGGACCCCUAAGCCGAGCCGAGGAGAUGACCACCGGACUUGUCUGGGCUGCCGAUUUCCUUUGCUGAUUGCUUUACUACAACUGGUUCUUGGCAUUUCCAUCACAGCUGUGGCCUUUCUUAUGGCAGGCAUCAGCACGUCUUUGCUAGUCAGAGACACUCCACACUGGGCGGGGAUCACUGUGGUGGUGGUUUCUUUACUGGGAUUAUGCUUGUAUUGUAUAACAUACCAGAUCGAUGAACAGACCUCUUUCCAUUUUGGACUUAAGCUGGUUUUCUUCUUGUUGUGUGUUCUCAGUAUGAUUAUUUGUAUCCUAGCAUUGGCAUUUGCAGCGCAUCAUUAUUCGCAGAUCGCACACUUCGCAUGUGACUUGGUCAUGGCUGACUGCAAGUGCAAACUGGACCCUAAGGAUCAUAUUGCAAGAACAAUUAUCUAUAAAAAUGUAUCAGACUGCUCUGCCAUCACCAGCCAUCUGAAACUUUAUCUUCUUCUAGAGAUAGUUCUGAACAUGACUGUGUCACUCGUAUGUUUUGUCGGCUGCUUUCUGAUGUGGAAACAUCGAUAUCAAGUGUUUUAUGCAGGUGUCAGAAAAAAUUCGUUAACAAUUUUGCAAGUCCAGCAGCAGAAACCAUGAACUGACAGAAUUAAUUUGCCUUAUUACCAGUAACUACAAACAUGAAGUAUUGUUAUAUUUGUAAGAUUUUUUUAUAAACAGCAUUCAAAACCUUUUUAAGAAAACAGUGACUUUCUAUGAAUGCAGAUUUCAAGCAUUAUUUUUCCUAAAAAACUGUCUCUCAAAUGUUUGUCUUUACAGAACCAAAGUUUAUUUAAGUUUGCUGUGUUCUAUAUACUGACUAAAACCUGUGGGUGGGAUGUCCUAAGGAAGCUCAGAACUUGUAUUAUUUUAUUUGGAUGACUCAGUAAAGGCAUAUCAGUCCAUCUGCAUAUGUAUAUGUCACUGUAAUUAAGAUUUUAAGAAAAUUAGGAAUAUAUAUGUAUAAGUCUUAGGAUAAUGUGUUGAUUCAUUUUCAUAGCUGUAAACAAGUUGGUAGGAAUAUGCCUGUAUAUGCACAUAUUUGCACAAUGUGUUUAUUUUUUGUUGGCUGAAUUAAAUCCAGUAGGCAUGGCUUAUUUUCAAUGGAGACCUGAGGUAGAAUUUGUACUGAUUAAAGGAAAUUUAGAUAGGCCACUGGGGAAAUCUCCACUGCUGUUUUUCAAUAAGUGCCAUACGAUGAUGUAAGAUAGUAGAGACAAUAUAUUGAUGUGUGAUAUAUAAUCACACUUGUUACAAAACUGGAUUACAAGUAUGUGGUUUGCACGACACUGAUUACAUUCCCAGAGUGGAAAAGUAUUGCUAUACUUCUGUCCAAAUAAUACCAAAAUUUGGAUCAUAUUUUCAUAUUCUGUCAAACAGAAACCAUAGAGAAAAUUCCACAAUUUUAAGUAAGUCUUCUCUGGAAACCAUAACACACGUUUAAGCUCCUAAAACUAAAAUCAAUUACACUCUUAGGAUCUUACAUAAUAGAGACAAUACAGAUUAAACCAAAAUGGUUUCAAUCUGGUGGCCUUGCUACUUCAUAAAAAUCUCCCCAAAUCAUACAAAAUUAAUUUUUAAUGCAAACGUACCCAAGUCUGUUAUCUUCUACCAGAGAUGCGGCAUACAUCUUUGGGCAGAUUGGUUGUAUUCUGGAUAAGACUUGAGUUAACCAGAGUAAUGGCUCAGGAGAGCCAGAAAAAGUCUUCCGUAACUCUUUUAUCUACUAGAAGGAAGGUGGGAGACAUUGUAGAAUAUUUUUAUUUGUUAUCAGAGGCUAAAGGUCCUUAGGAAGACCACAGCUGCUUGGGGUAGGUGUGGCAUGUUGACUGCAAUAGAAGAAUGAGAGAGUACACACAUGUGCACACACAAACACAUGCAAACACACUCAUGCACACACAGACACACACAUAUCUACACCACAUAAUUUGCCAUUGCAGACUAUACCAAACAAGCAUUUUUGCAGGCAAAAUCCUGUGUAAAUGGAGUAGAAUACUAAUGCUUUCCUUCUCAAUUAAACUUACUACAGGUGAAAGAACAUUGGGAUGAGGCAGGCAUGAGGCCAAAUAAGAAUCAUUUUGAUGAACAAGAAUAUUCCAUUAUAUUUAUUAUCAUUAAAAAUGACAUAAUUCAUUCAUUCUUUCAUUCAUAUACUCAGUCCUAAUUUAUUAUCACCUACUUCAAGGUUGCAGCAUCUUGAGACAUAAUGAGACUGUCUCUUAUACUGCCAAUAAAUGUCCAGAUUCUGAGGAAGUAAGGUCAUUAUAUGUCACUUUUCUCAAAGUCACUUUGGAAAGUACAUCCUCCAAUAUGCAUGUGGAGGGAGUGGUGAGACAUUUUUAAUAAUGACCGUAAAGAUGUCCCAUAUAUUUGAACACAGCAUGAAAUGCCUGUCCCACCUAUCUCAAAAGUAUAAAGCAUGAAUAGCUCACAAUCUGCAACCAAUUGUUUGAAUCCAGUAAAAAAUAGUAGCUAAUAUUUUCUCUAAAGGAUGGAUACUUAAAACAGGGAAACUGAAACUCGGCAAAUGUGGCUUCCUAUUCUGAAGUUGCUAAAGAAAAUGGAAAGGCAAAUAUACACACACACACACACACAC